GACGGCCCCAGAGCUUAGCUAGCUCGGUCGUUUCCGAUCUCGAUGAAACCUCUGAUAUCUAUCGAGACUCAUAAUCACGUAUCACUAUUUAGCAUCACAAUCGCGCCAAGCACAUUUAUCGUUGCACUCUUAUUCACUUUCGCCUUUUUUUACGCUUACCUCCUUUCUACCGGACAUAUACCGUUGCGCAAGAUCUUACCCACGCGCUUCCCUCGUUUCGUCUCAAAAGCGCCGCCAACUAUCAUACCCCGACGAUCCGUAAUCGAAUCGCCACAGCGAAGAGCAAUUGAGGGAUCUCCGCGAAAAGCAAUCGAAGGACCAAAGCGAUUGAAGGCUCUACCCGCAUUGCCUGCGCCGGAGUCAGAAACAGACUCCGCAAAAUCUCUUGUCAGGCUAACUCAACAGUCUUCCAACCUCUCGUCUGCGCCAGCUACAACUUUGCGCUCAAUAUUUUCUUUCCGUGCCAGAGAAGCUCUUCCCAGCUCAAGCCCAAUUCCUAGUACAAGCGUAGUUCGCUAUCAUAGUUCAACUACGCGAUCAGAUAAAGAGAAUAAUGACAUCUCUGUUCUCCGAAGCCAGCCUAGACGACAUAAACUUCGCAACCCCGAUGUCGCCACCACCGAGACCGUUCGAGCUCCCCUCAACCCACUCGGGCUUUGGCUUCUCGGACGAGGACCCAGAUCUCCACGACGAGAGCGACGACAACAUGGACGAAGCGUCUAACGGUAACUACAGCCCGCCUGCCUGGCGAAGGCUUGAGAAUGGCGAUCGCUGGUACGGUAAUUGGCGUGGAAGUAGGGAUAUUUUCGGUCCAAGGCGCACAAACACAUUUAACAACAACAAUAAUAACCAUAUGGGCCACAGCAGCCACAGCAGUAUCUUUAAGGACGAUAUCUUUGAGGCAGCUCGUAGGACCCGCCUACCUACCGGAAGUCUGAGCCCUGAAAAGGGGAUUACGCCCGAGCCCGAGGCGCCUACCGAGGAUGAUACUCUCGUAAAGGUGAAAACCGAAUCCACAACGGAGAAAUACACAGCUCAUAUCGGUGAUGAUAUGAUAACUUCCAUGUCACCUGACCCUACAAGGGACAAUUACAUCCGGUUAGCUCUACGCGCCGAUAUUCAGCAACGAACAGAGCCAAUUGAGGCUGCUAUAAACUUUAUACGAGACAGAAUGGGUGUCAUCACUAAAUCAUGGGGCAAUAUUAUCGUUGCGAUACUUGUCGCUGUCCUAUCUAUGAGUGCGGUUAGGUCGUUGUUUAUACCAGCAUCGCCACGACCCUCACCUGAUCUGGUUAAGGUGGCUGGCAUUGCGCGCUCCUUCGAACCGUUGAUUUAUUACUCGGAAAAUGGCGUCUCACAAGUUGGUGAUCUUCAGGCCACUGGGGUUGCCGUAUGGGAUUUAGGGGAAAGUGUGCGAUUGAGUAAUAUGACGUCGGCGCCUAUUAUUGUUAAGUCUCUUGACGAACUCUCGGAUAGUCUAAAAACCCUAGCCAUUGAGCUUACGAAAUUCUUCGCCAACGUUGACGGCGAUAUCGAUGGCAUCCUUAUUGUGAUGGACUGGGCGCGGCGCGAAUUGACGCAAGUGCAAGCCGUUCCAAGCCCGCCCCUGGCUACAGCCAUCGCCAACAUUCACAACCUUCUCUGCGUUGUUGGCCUCUUCGAAAAUCCGAAUACAGGUAUGCCAACACGCCUAGGUAAUGUAGCAACGACCAUGUUUGGUAUGUCGAACCCCCAGCGUACUCGUUACACGCUUCAACGGACGUUUACGGAGUUUCUAUCGGUUCUUGAGGAGGCGAUCGAGACGGAGCUGCAGCACUCCCUCGCGCUCUUCAGCCUGUUUGAGGCCAUCGAUCGGCAAUUCUUAAAUCUAGCGCGUGUUGUGGUGCGUGAGUCAUCGCAACAAGACGAACAACACGCUGAUCUCCUAUCAUCACUCUGGACACGCAUUCUAGGACCCAAAGCAAGUGAGGUGAAGAAAUAUGAACGUAACCACAGGUUACUCCAGAACGUGCGAGAGAAGACAGUGCGCAACAAGGGGAUUCUGGUGGAGCACAACGGCAAACUGCUCAGCUUGAAAGCCAACCUCGAGAGUUUGAGGCGGAAGCUCGUUUCGCCAUUGGUCAGGAGUGUCAACAGCAGCACUCUUACUCUCGAAGAGCAAAUCAAAGGCCUCGAGGAUGUGGGCGUGUAUCUCGAAGGUGUGCGUGCCAGACAGAAGGGCAAGCUCAUGGAGAUGAUUUACGGAAGUAACGCCAGGGCCAGCGUAUCAGGAACUCCGAGGCUUAUUGACGAGGACAGACGGUGGGCUUAAUGGAGAAUU